UCCCUUUACCGAAUGUCAUGAAUCUCCUCUCCAAAAGCUUCCUCUCUGUUCUCUUCAAAUCCCUUUUUCAUAGCCCAACAGAGAACAUAACAAGUAUGGAGAUUCCAAACAAAAAACAGAGAAUUCAAUUGAUCACCACCUCUCAUUUGGUGAAGCUGCUCACCAAGAUUUUGCUCCCAUUUUCACUUCUUUCUGUUAUAUUAUCCUACCCUUUUAUGUGCAACUUCCAAGCUUUGGCAUAUGGUUUACAACUCUUUAGUUUCAGUGUAGGCAAGAAUUACAUGUUUCUGCUUUGCAAUGGGUUGCUUGUUUUCAUUGCCACCAGCUCGGGUUUGAUCGGUAGUAGUUGUGUAGAGACUGGUGUUAAAGCUGAAAAGGCUGUGAAGAUCAGUGAGGGAGGUAGUCAAACAGAAUUAGAGGUGGAAUCAUCAGAGCCAAAAGAGAAAGUUGUUACAGAAUAUGAUCAAAAAGAAGAGGAGGUGGCCUUGGUUGUAGAACUAGAAGUUGAAGGCGAAGAAGGCAGAUCAGACGAGGAGGAUGAAGAUGAACUUGGGUGGAUGAGUAACGAAGAGUUAAACAAGAAAUGUGAAGAUUUCAUUAGAAAGAUGAGAAAAGAGAGUGACUUUGAAGCUCGCCUACUGAUUACAAAUUGACACAAAAAGGACUCUAGGCAUCAAAUCUGCAACCUUUUUUUCUCUCUUUUGCUUGUCUUUUGAAAGCCCCUAACUUUGACAAUAAUUUGGUUCCCUGUUCUUCUUUCUUUCUUUCAUUUUUCCCCUCAGAAAUUUGAUUUCUGAGUUUUCUUUAAAAUUUUGGUCUAUGUAAAUCAAACAAUAAUGCAUUGAUAAUGGAUGGAAUAAUAUGGCUCGAAUCUGUAUUAAACUUGAUAAGAA